GGAAAAAAAAAAAUAAAAAAAAUUGGAAUCAGGUUAGGGUUUUGUGUUUGGGAAAGAAAUAGGAAGGUGCUGAAGAACAAUGAAAUGCUAAAUAAGGAUGGCUUCAAUUCCAAUCACUCCUUGUUUUCUGAAAUUUAGGGCUUUUUCUUCUUCUUCCUCGUCUCAGUAUUCUUAUAAUCAGAAUACUCAGAUUGGGCUGAUGCUGGCUUCGAAUUCCGUUCGCUCUCUUCCCCGACCCUCUCUCCUUUCCUCUUCAAUCCCUAAUUUCAGGGUUUCAAAAUUUGCUCCCAAAUCCAUAUCUCUCCUCCCCCAAACCUCUCGAUUCUGCGAAACCCAUCAACGCCUUACUAGAAAGAAAUGGAAAAUUUCAUGCUUUAGGAAUGAAGAAUUUUGUUCUGGUGAAUCCAACCCUGAGGUGAUUGAGGAGGUUCUGCAGGAAGAACAAAGAAAGUCAGAAAUUGAUAAAUCAAGUGUUCGGAAAAGAGAUUGGAUUUCACUUCUUGCAGAGGCACCAAAUAUAGUACGUAGAGUGAUUGGUGAACCUUGGGACGUCCCAUGGACAGCAAAGACCAUCUUUCAGGUUAUGCUCCUUUGGAUUGUGUCCUUCUGGUUUAUUGGUUCGUGGAUGAUUCCUUUUGGAGCGCACUUGGUGGGUUUUAGCAAAGAAUCAUUGACGUUUAGAGGGCAGGCUUUGUUCAGCCUAUUGACUGAUGUAACCGAGGGCCUAGCCGGAAUUUUAAUUCUUCAACGGUGCUUAUCUCGUUUCUGUCCCCUUCCUUGUGACUGGUUCAAAUUUAGUGUGAGAGGAAACUGGAUCUUUGAUCUCGUCCUUGGAUGCUUCAUGUUUCCACUUGUAAAUCGGCUCUCGCAGUUCAACCUCGACCUGCUUCCCGUGCUGCCUUCCACUCCCGUCACGCUCUCCAGCGUCGAGCAGUCGAUACUGGCGCGAGAUCCGGUGGCUAUGGCGCUCUACGCACUAGUACUGGUCGUGUGUGCUCCGAUGUGGGAAGAGAUUGUAUUUAGGGGCUUCCUUCUUCCUUCUUUGACAAAGUACAUGCCUGUAUGGUGUUCAAUUCUCGUGAGUUCAGUCGCGUUUGCUUUAGCGCAUUUUAAUGUACAGAGGAUGUUACCGCUAAUAUUUCUGGGGGUCGUCAUGGGGAUAAUAUACGCUAGGUCUAGGAACCUCCUCCCGUCGAUACUAUUGCACAGUCUGUGGAAUGGCUUUGUAUUCAUAGAUUUAAUGAAAUAAAAUCCUUUGGCAUUACAAAAUAAUUGUGUACAGCAAAUUCAGCAAAAGCUCUGAUUUCAUCAUUCUGCAAGCACAGACAGACAGAGAGAGACAUCUGGAGCAUUUGUUUUGUUAACUGUUCAGUAGAAGAAAUUCUUUAUCUCUAAUGAAUCUGUUGUGUUGAACAGAACAGAUUGGGUGGUUUUGUGGUCAGUAGUUUGAAGAUUGUAGAGGUGUAGCUUCUGUACUGUUGUCAACUGCAUUGUUUAGUUUGUACUUUGUAUAAUGAAACUAUCAUUCUUAUACCAAUAACACUUCAUUUCUAAUUUUAGCUCAA